AUGGCCAUAUGGAUCUCUCCUUGGCCAGUGAAGAGGCUGGCGGGCGUAGGUGGCGUCCAACUUCUCGCCGUUCUUUUGCUGGUUCCCAACCUGCGGGUCACUGGCUCUUUGCUUGAGGAUUUGAUAGUUAAACGUGCUGAAUAUCGGGAAAACUGUAGCAGAAGCCUGGCAGCUACCCUACAUACUGUAACUGGAAUUUACUGCAAUGGAACAGUUGAUGUUUUUGCCUGUUGGCCACAUUCAUCUCCUGGGAAAGUAUCAGUCCCCUGUCCUUCAUAUUUACCCUGGAUUAAAGAAGGUUUCUCUGGGAGUGUCUAUAAGAUCUGCACAGUGAACGGAACCUGGAAAAUAUUGGAGAACUCCAGCACCGUCUGGCAGGAUCAGUCAGAAUGUAAAGACUCCAACUUUUUCAAAAACGAGGAAAAUGAGUUAUUCCGACAGGCGAUACUAAGGGUCGUCUCCAUCGUUGGCUACUCGUUGUCCUUGUCAUCCCUCUCCUUAGCUGUGCUUAUUAUGGGCCUACUGAGGAAGCUUCACUGUACAAGGAACUACAUCCACAUGAACCUCUUUGUGUCAUUCAUGCUGAGAGCAAUGGCGGUCAUUACUAAAGAAAUCCUGUUACACAUCAUGUACUCCAACCUGCCCAAGAAUGAAUCAGGAUGGAACGGAUAUCUGGAUUCAACGAGAGCUUGGAUCUGCAAAGCCUCCAAGGUGUCCAUGCAGUAUUUUGUGGGCUGUAAUUACUUCUGGCUUCUGGUGGAGGCCAUUUUCCUCCACACUCUGCUCUUCACCGCCGUGCUGACCAAGAGGCGGCUGCUAAAGAGAUACAUGCUGGUAGGAUGGGGAACUCCAUUUUUGUUUGUAAUACCUUGGAUGGUGCUUAAAAUCCUGUAUGAAAAUAAGGGCUGCUGGGUCAUAACUAACAGAUGGAUCUGGUGGAUCAUUAGAGCUCCGAUCACACUGUCAGUCCUUGUGAUUUUCUGUAUAUUUCUCAGGAUCAUAAAACUCUUACUCUCAAAGUUAAAAGCUGAUCAGGUGAAAUUUACCGACUACAGAUACAGUUUAGCAAGAGCAACAAUGGUACUGAUUCCGCUUCUUGGAAUCCAUGAAAUAGUUUUCACAGUAUUUAUAGAUGAAACGAUCGAGGGGAGUCACCGCUAUGUACGAAAUUUCAUCCAUCUAACCCUGAGCUCCUUUCAGGGUUUUCUGGUUGCUGUUUUGUACUGUUUCGCCAAUGGGGAGGUCCGAGCUGAGCUGAAAAACAGGUGGCAGGUCUUUCUCUUCACCAACCACCUGGACGACCACAAAUGCUUCGCCUGCAUGCACCCCAAAUAUCUAUGGAAGAAGUCUCAAAAAGGACCAGGACACCCGUCGAAUCACAGCGACUCUUACGAGGACAGAAGCCACGUCCCCACGCAGACUCAAAUCACUCAAGUGACCAUCCAGUCGGGGGUAGAGGUGUCCAGCGGGCAGUGCUCAGGGAUCGAGUUCUGUACCAGAAAGAGUCUGUCCAGCAGCGAUGGGGACAUGACUCUCGGAGAGACCAUGGAGGAGAUUCUGGAGGAAAGUGGGUUUUAACUGUAAAGACUAAUUGAGCAGGAUUUGUUAAUUACAGGAAACUUUUAAUAUGGAUUGUCCUUAAAUAUAAGUUACAUACAGAAAUGUAGCACAUGAACACUUAUGAUGCAGUAAAAAGUAUUU